AUGAUAAGCAAAAAAGGCACACUAGGAAUAAACUUGAAAGCAGCACUGGUGCAUCUUGUCUUCGUUCUGAGCGUACCGGUAUGCAUACAGUGUUUUGCGUCAGAGUCUUCAUUCCGGAAAUCAUCAGAAACCGUGCUACAUGCCAGCUCUUCGUCAUCCCCAUCGUCAGUCAAUGUUUUAGAAAUUCUGGAGUCAUCCACAGUGAUUGAUCCUCGCACGGGAGCCUCUUGCCCAGCGUUGGAAGGUCUCUGCUGUGCUGGGAGCAGAAGUCAAGUUAGCAACAAUCCACUGCCCUUCUUUGUCGGCAAGAAGGCAAAGGAAACUAACGACCAAAAGGCCCUUAUCGUCGUGGCUUCCCAGCUGGGUGAUUUUGACAGUGCGGAAUAUGCCGAGUUACUGGCAGGCAUCCAGCCUGAGCUGGAGCGGGCAAACGUUGCCUUGAGGAUUAUUGGCAUUGGCCCUGUCGAAGCCGCCAAGCGGUUUGCUCAGUUUGCCGGAUUGCCCCUCGAUGUGAUGCGAGUCGAUCCUGAGGGCAACCUGCAUCGUGCGCUGCAGUUGCACGGUGGACCUGACUGGGAUAUUCCAUCUUUUGUACCGGAUACUCUCUUGCAAUGGUUUGUCAAUUAUACUGGGGCGACAGAGGAGAACACCCAACAAGGUCGUGCCUUGGUGGCCCGGACCUGGCUCAACUACAUGGCAAUGUGUGCGGGCAUUGCAGCGCCCGACACUCUGGGUGAAAUCGUUCGAGGGUAUAUUGGUGACAGAUCAGCUCCCGAACGGAUACGACCCGAUGAAACAGUCCGUGUCGGUGACGACUUGAUUGCUGUCACUGGAGUUACCGACGUCAAGCUGGGUCCGAUUGAGUAUCAGAGCCUGUGGAAGAAUGAAAAGGGGUAUCAACGACCGGCCGAGUUGGCAACGGUGCGACUGCGAGUCAUGGUGGAAGUGCUCUCCAACUUUAAGGAAUACGUUCCCGACCAAAAACAUCUCCAUUUGCGCGGUGCCACGUUCAUUUUCGAUGCUGACGGCAACCUGGAAUUUGAGCAUCGGGAUACAGGAGUAUUGGCUUAUAGCAAAACUAUGCCUCGACCGUUGACAUUUUUGCAACCCUACAUUGGCAGCAAAGCACUGAAUCCUCUGCAAUUGGGGGACAAUAGUCCCCAAUAG